UACCAUUUCUCCAGAUCAGGCACCCCUUACUAUAUCUGACGUAAUAAUUCAUACGUUAAUCAGUUAACUUAUGAAACAUCUUAUCAAAAUCGUUAUAAACUUGUUGAGAACAUACAGAUGGCUGUAAAUACAUAGAGACGAGAUUCACAUACAGACGAGAAGUACAAGAUGACAAAACGGGUAUGUGUAGUAGGCGCAGGGGUAGCAGGCCUUACGUCAAUAAAAAAUAGUUUGGAGGAAGGUUUUGAUGUCGUCUGCUACGAGAAAGAUACUGACAUUGGAGGUCUAUGGAACUAUCAUACAACAACGAAAGAGGGCGACACAAGUUUAUACAAUUCUUGCAGUAUCAACACCAGCAAAGAAAUUUCAUGUUAUAGCGAUUUUCCUAUCCCUAAAGAAUUCCCAAAUUUUAUGGAUCAUAAACAUUUUAAGAAGUAUUUAAACCUCUAUGCUGAUCAUUUUGAUCUGAUGAGCUGUAUAAGAUUUCAAACAUUAGUAGAAAAAAUCGAGAAAAGUGACGACAACAGAUGGAAAGUCCGAACACAGAACACGAAAUCCGGAAAGAACUCUACAGAACUAUUUGACUUUGUAAUGGUAUGCAAUGGACAUUUGCACGAACCAAACAAACCAACAUUUCCCGGCUUGAACAGGUUCAAAGGUAAAGUGAUGCAUACACGUGACUACAAGACUUUCCAUGGAUACGAAGACAAACGCAUACUGGUUGUUGGUAUUGGGAAUUCUGGAGCAGACGUUGCAUGUGAACUAAGUAGACAUGCUGAACACGUUUAUGUCAGCACCAGAAGGGGUUCUUACAUUCAGCAAAGAGCUGGCGAGUACGGCGUUCCGUUUGAUCACAUAGCAUUAAACAGAUAUAGCCAGAGUUUACCAUGGGAUAUCAUGAGACCUAUCCAUUACAACAAAAUCAACUACAAAUACAAACAUUCAAACUAUGGACUGGCUCCGAACUUCCGGUUUGAUGGCGGAGUUGUCACGGUUAGCGAUGAUUUACCAAACCGUAUAUUGUAUGGCGCUAUCAGCAUCAAGUCGAACGUGGAGAAGUUCACAGAGAACGGAGUCAUUUUCGAUGAUGGUUCUAUGGUUGAAAAUAUCGAUGUCGUUGUCUUGGCAACCGGAUUUACAUACAGCUUUCCUUUCUUAGAUAAUUCCGUCAUUGAAGUAGAUAACCAUUUUUCGUACUUAUAUGAACUUGUAUUUCCUGUAGACAUGGAGCCGAGCACUUUAGCAGUAGUUGGUCUUGUUCAACCAUUUGGCAGUCUCGCGCCAAUUCUAGAAAUUCAAGCGCGCUGGGCGAGUAUGGUGUUCUCGGGUAAAUGCAGUUUACCAAGCCCAUCUGAACGUCGUAGAGUUGUUGAGGAAAGGCGACAGUUUUUGAAGAAGAAGUAUGUCGAUUCACCACGGUAUAGUCUUCAGGUAUAUUUCAUUGCCUACUUAGAUACUAUCUCAUCGAAAAUAGGUUGCAAACCAAACCUUCUAAAGCACUUUUUCACAGAUCCAAAGCUUUGGUAUAAAUUGUACUUCGGACCUGCUACACCACCACAAUGGAGACUGGAUGGUCCAGGAAAAUGGGACGGAGCGCGAAAGGCAAUCGAGAAUGUUCAGGAGAAUACAUACUAUCCAAUGAAAACAAGGCAAUCUGGAGCCGGAGAACUAGAAGGAUUAUAUGACGGAUGGAUCAAAUGGUUGAAAAGAUUUAUAAUCUUUAUACUCGUACUUUUUAUUCUUCGUUUCAUGUUCUCUAACGGAUAUAGUGUGCAUUCUUUUAAAGUUUAAAAUAAAUUGACCCCUUCAACUGGUUAUGACUGGAACGAUACCCCUGUAUUGUUAUCAAUACUUUUUGGGUUGAUGUUUCUUCAUUAUUGUAUUUAACUCUAAAUUAAUGUAUAUUAUAAAUUAUUCAGCUUGA